UCUUGCUUCUGCAACUAAUUCACCAAAACCCCAAGAGCAAAGGCAGCAACUUUAUUUCAAAAAACUCAAAAUUGAACUCAAAAAUGGAGGUGGGUCUGUCUCUAAAUGCAUUAAUUAGGGUUCCUCUGUCAAAUUAUUCUGAAAAUGGAGUACUAGUUAAGCAUUCACUGUUCUCCACAAGAACAACACUACACAAACCCUUAAAAAAACAGAGUUUAUUGGUGGUUAAAGCUAAAGGAAAACGAGGAAUGCAAUCACGGCAGCGUCAAAUGCCUCAAGCUCCGUCUUUACCCAAGAUUGAAGACGACGGAAACCCUAAAUUUCUCAUCUUCAUCCGCAUGGCCAAUGUUUAUCUUUGGUACCCAUUGAGUAUUGUGAGUGGUGGUACUACUGCAAAAAUUAUGGUUGCUGCAAAAGAUAAUUUUAUGGGGAAGUACAUUUACAAAAAUACUCUUGAUAGAAAUCUUGCUGCUGUUAUUUACAAAGAUGAGAAGCAGAUACAGACGACUGCAUUUAAACAACAUCGUGUGUUGCGAUCAGCAACCGAGUUCAGAUAUGGUUACAAACUUGUUGAAAAUGGAAAUAUUAGGGCUGCCCUUUCGACCUCAGAUGUUAUUGAGCUUCCUACACCAGACAAACUCAAAACAGUAGUUGAUAAAGUGAGAGAUUUCUUUGGAGAUGCAAAAGAAUCUUUUGGAAAGAUCACUGCUCUAAAUUCAACGGAUGAACCAGAGGAAAUUCCUGCAGAAAAGGCCAAGUGAAGUUUUCGUCAACAUUUUUAUGCUGAAAUUAAAGGCUGAAGCUGAAGUGGUUGCAUUUGACAAUGGUUGAGGGCGAUUGCUUAUUUGAAACUAAAAUAUCAUGAUAUACACGUACAGAAGGCGGUGUACAGACAACUUUACUUCUUGGUUUGGUUCAUAGAUAUUUUGUCCUAUAAAUGGAGCUUACAUAGCCUUUUUCAUUGACAUAUCAAUGCAAACUUUCGCAUUCUGCACUUGUAUGAAAUUAUGUUGCAAGAGAACUUCUUCAAUCUUA